AUGUCCCAGGAGCGGCCUGAACCGCCUUCGGGAGCGGACUCUCCAGAAGAGCUCGUUGCCCACGUUACCAACAACCCGUCCGACUGGCUGUUAUACUUGCGCCAUAUCAAUGGCUACGCUGCCGCCUUGAAGGAAGAGAACGAUUUCUCCCGCCUCGCCGACUCUGACCACGAUAACUCCCUCCAGCCCCUCCGAUCGACCAUCGCCAAGCAAGAGGGAAUUAUCGAAUACCAAAAGCAACAGCACCGAGAAGAUACUGCCCUGCUCCAGAAGGAGAUUACCCAUCUAGAGGUUGAGAAACUCCGCCUGCUCGACGCCGCCACGCCCGCUGUCCACACUCCCCGACCCGUCCCUGCCGCUAUCCCAAGUCCCCCGGCUGAACAGCCUGCGGAUUCUGUACCGAUACCGACUACGCUUGUUCCGCCCGUCUGUUCCGGAUCUUCCCAUCUCAGUGAGAAGAUCCCUGACCCAAAAGAAUUCGAUGGCUCUCGAAGCGACCUUCGCUGGUUCACGCAACAGACCUAUGGCAAGAUGACCGCCAACGCUGACCGAUUCCCGACCGCUGCUGCCCGCCUGACCUAUGUUGCUGGACGUCUGACCGGGAAAGCCUACGAAUUGAUCCUGCCGAAGACCCGCUACGGAGUUCCCGAGUUCCUUGAUUACCCGGAAAUGCUUGCCUACCUGGAGAACGCCUUUGGAGACCCCGACCGUAUUCAGAAUGCCCAGAAUAAGCUAUACCAGCUGAAGCAGAGGAACCUGGAUUUUAGCACCUUCUUUUCCGAAUUUCAAUGCCUGGCCCUGGAAGGAGAGAUGCCCGAGGACGCCCUGACCCCAUUGUUGUUCCAAGGCAUAUCUCACGAACUUCAGGAUAUGCUCCUACACAGCCCGACCCCGUCCCGGAAAUACAGAGACUACGCCAACCAUCUACAAGCUCUGGAUAACCGCUUCCGCCAACACCAACAGCAAGUCUCCCGGAACCGUAUCGUCACUCCUGCCAGAACCCCUGCCAGUUAUGCCGCCGCCGUUGUCCCCCGCCAGCCCGCUGCCGCGAGCCCGAACCCGAGCCCGGACCAGCCCAAGAGAGAAUGGAGAGCGCCCCGACCUGCUUCGCCCGUCGCCAACGGAGGAGAGCCUAUGGACUUGAGCUCCCAGAAAAGAUUCGCCCCCGGUGGAAGGAAAGAGCGCGGAGAAUGCUUCCGCUGCGGUUCAGAGGGUCAUCGCGUCGCUGCCUGCCCCGAACCUGAUACUCGCCCCUCGUCCCAACUUCGUCAAUUCCGUGCCAGCUAUGUCCACCGUUUCGAUAGCCCUGAUCCUGUCCGAUCUGCUCCCAAGAAAGAGCGCCGCCCGAGAACCGCUGCCACCGUCCGACUAUCUGCUGCCGCCGCCAAGGGAGUCUCUGUCCAAGAAGAAACGGAUCAGAGGUCCCAUUUGAUGAUUCUACCUGUUACCCUGGAGUUAGGAAGCAAGGCGCUCCCGACUUACGCCAUGACCGAUACCAGAGCCGAAGGAAAAGGCUUCAUAGACCAGAGCUGGGCCGCGAGCCACGAGCUACCCCUGAGGAAACUAAAGAGACCAUUCAGAUUAGAAGUGUUCGAUGGAAGAAACGCCGAGAGUGGAAUGAUCACCCAUUAUAUCGAGACCCGACUGAGAACUGAAGACCAUUGCGAAGAGAUCAAGCUCUUCGUGACCCAACUGGCCCAUUACCCCGUUAUUCUGGGAAUGCCCUGGCUAAAGAAGCACGACCCGAAGAUCGGAUUCGCCUGCCAUACCUUUACUUUUGACAGUGAAUACUGCCGGAAACACUGCAAUACUCCCGCCUGCCCGACGAAGAUCCGAGCAUUGCAUGACGUCCCUGCCAAGGCCCGACCGCACAACUUGCCUCCCCGACCGGCUGAGCUGCAGCAUCUAGAUAUUGCCCGAGUAUCGUUAAGAGCCUGUACGAUGUACAGCCGAAAGAACUGCCAGCUUUUUACUGUUACGAUCAAUGAUAUCGACCGGUACCUGCAGAAUGCCAGCCCGCCGGAGCCCCGAGACCUGCUGCCCGAGGAACUAAAGGAUUAUGCCGACAUCUUUUCACCCAAGGAAGCCGAAAGACUCCCCCCGCACCGGGAUUAUGAUCACGAUAUCCGCCUGCAGGAUGGCAAGACGCCCCCAUUUGGACCACUGUACCCAAUGUCCCGCAACGAGCUGAUCGCACUGAAGGAAUGGCUGGAAGAGAACCUGCGCAAGGGGUUCGUCCGUCCCAGCUCGUCGCCUGCCGCCUCCCCAGUCCUGUUCGUAAAAAAGGCUGAUGAAAGCCUCCGUUUCUGCGUCGACUACCGAGGACUGAACAACAUCUCUGUUAAGGACCGAUAUCCGCUGCCUUUGACCAAGGAAUCGCUGAACAACCUGAAGGGAAUGAAGUACUUCACGAAGAUCGAUAUCGUGUCUGCUUUCAAUAAUAUCCGCAUGAAGAAAGGACAAGAGUACCUGACCGCGUUCCGUACCCGCUUUGGCUUGUACGAGUCCCUGGUGAUGCCCUUUGGACUGACUGGGGCCCCCGCAACCUUCCAAAGGUUCAUGAACGACACCUUGCGAGAGUACCUAGAUGUAUUUUGCACUGCCUAUCUAGACGAUAUCCUGAUCUACAGCCGUACUCGAGAAGAGCACCUGAACCACGUCCGCAAGGUAUUAGAGUCCCUGAGACAAGCCGGCCUGUAUGCCAAGAUCCAGAAGUGCGAAUUCUUCAAGGAUGAGACCACCUUCUUGGGUGUAAUUGUCGGGAAGAAUGGGAUUCGCAUGGACCCGAAGAAGAUCGAGACCAUUCAGAACUGGCAAACCCCGUCCUGCCUGACAGACGUCCAAGCGUUUAUCGGAUUCAGUAACUUUUACCGACGCUUCGUGAAGGAUUUCUCGAAGAUCAUCGCCCCUAUGGUAGCCCUGACGAGAAAAGGAAUGCGUUUCCACUGGAACCCGGCCUGCCAGACUGCCUUUGACCGCCUGAAGCAAGCUUUUACGACAGCGCCUGUCCUGGCCCCGUUUGAUUGGGGAAAAGAUAUCAUCCUGGAGACCGACGCGUCUGAUUACGUGUCCGCCGGAGUGUUGUCCCAGUAUGGGGACGAUGGAAUCCUAAGGCCAGUAGCUUUCUUUUCGAAAAAACACUCGACGACGGAGUGUAAUUACGAAAUUUACGACAAGGAACUGCUGGCGAUUAUCCGCUGCUUCGAAAAAUGGAGACCCGAGCUGGAGGGGACGAGUUCCCCGAUUAAGGUUAUUACCGACCACCGGAACCUAGAGUAUUUCAUGACGACAAAGUUACUGAACCGCCGCCAAGCCAGAUGGUCCGAAUUCCUGUCCCGUUUUAACUUUAAGAUUGUCUACCGCCCCGGAAAGCAAGGAACGAAGCCGGAUGCUCUGACCAGGAGGUCAGAGGACCUGCCUAAAGAGGGGGAUGAACGCCUAUUGCACCAGAGUCAGGUAGUGCUGAAAAGAGCCAACCUUGACGAUUUCUUACCUAUAGAUAGGAAACCGGAAGACCAGCCCGUUAAGUUGCCGCCAACUCCACCACAGACUCCUGAGGUUCUUGAACCAGUGCCUGCUGCCCCAGAACCCGUGCCGAAACCAGCCCGCCCCGUCAAGCGAGUACGAUUCGCAGACCCGAUCCUGAAGCUGUACCCAAUCACUCGCAGCCAGCUCCGUGGACCUGGAGCUCCAGACCACCGACCACAGCCCGAUUUGGAACCACCACGGCCUGCACUGCCCGUCGAGAGGACUACACCGCUGCUACCUCCCCAGAUCCAGGACCUUUUCAACCAAGGAUACGCCACAGACAAAGAACUACAGUCGAUCGUCCGAGCUCUGAAAGAAAAGAAGUCUCGCCACCGCAAGAUAUCACUGGCCGAGUGCGAACUGUCCGGAGAACACUUGUAUUACCGCGAACGCCUGUAUGUCCCUGCGAACGAAGGACUCCACGCCGAGCUCCUGCGCCUGUACCACGCUAGCCCUGUCGCCGGCCACAUGGGUCGAGCCCGUACGUACGAAGUACUGUCCCGAGAAUACUACUGGCCUGGUAUGUUGUCUUAUGUCGAACGAUGGGUUCGCAAUUGCCAUACCUGCAAGAGGACUACCGCCUCGAGAGAAGCCCAUCAAGGAGUCCUGAGACCCCUCCCGAUUCCCCAGAGAGCCUGGCAAGAUAUUUCGAUGGACUUCAUCACGCACCUGCCUGACAGCUACGGCUACGACGCGAUCCUGGUAGUCGUCGACCGCCUGACCAAGAUGAAGCACUUCAUCCACUGUAAGGGAACCUGCGAUUCUGAAGAAGUCGCCCGUCUAUAUGUUAAGUAUGUCUGGAAACUGCACGGCCUGCCUAGAACCAUUGUAUCCGACCGAGGACCCCAGUUCGUAUCUGAUUUCUGGAAGCAUCUGACCAAACGCCUGGGAAUCACCGCACUGCUGUCGACCGCCUACCACCCCGAGACCGAUGGGCAGACCGAGAUCGCCAAUUCCUUCCUGGAACAGUACCUACGAGGCCACGUAUCAUACCUUCAAGACGACUGGGUACGCUGGCUACCGUUAGCCGAAUUUGCGAUCAAUAACGCACUGAACGAGAGCCUGAAGACCACGCCCUUCUUCGCGAAUUAUGGAUAUCACCCCCGUUUCGGAUUCGAACCUGCCCUACCCGGACGUCGCCUUGCCGCCAAGGAUGCCGAGGAGGUCGCCCUGAAGAUGGCCACUGUACACGAGUACCUGAAGUCUGAGAUCUGCAUCGCCCAAGCCCGCCACGAGGAGUAUGCCAACCGGAAACGCCGACCUGCCCGCAGAUUCUAUGUCGGACAGAAGGUCUGGCUAGACGCAAGGAACAUCAAGACUGCCCGCCCCCAAAAGAAGCUUGACUGGAAGAACCUGGGCCCGUGGGAAAUAGCUAAGGCUAUUAGCCCGUACGCCUACCGCCUGAAGCUGCCUGCGUCCAUGAGAAUACAUCCUGUCUUCCAUGUAAACCUGCUGCGCCCUGAUUCUGCCGACCCCCAGCCUGGACAGCAGCAAGAACCGCCGCCUCCCAUCGAAGUAAACGGCCUGCAAGAAUGGACUGUAGAGGAGAUACUUGAUUCCCGCUGGGAUCGCCGAGGACGUGGAGGAAGGCCUAACCUGAAGUAUACUGUUAAGUGGGAAGGAUACGACGAGCCCACGGAGUCCCCUGCUGCCUGGCUCGAGAAUGCACAGGAGGUUGUUAACAACUUCCAUCGCCGGUACCCGAACAAGCCCGGACCUGAACCUCCGCUAUGA